UAAUGAUAUAGAGUGAACUAAUUAGCCACCGGCGGUGCACUGUGUUGUUGAGUGCCGGCGUUGUUCAAGUUCAGUCAUUGCAUGCAUUCGCAUCCGGAGAUAUGGACGCCGUGGUGGUUGACGUUGGAACUAAGCUGCUCAAAUCCGGUUUUGCUGUUCCCGACCAGCCUCCUUCUAUGGUAAUUCCAACACAAAUGAAACGUGUACCUGUAGAUGAAUCCUUGAAGAAUUCUUCCUCCCUUGAAAAUGUGAUUGUUAAUCCAGUUAUCCGAGGCUUUAUUAGAGAUUGGGAUGCCAUGGAAGAUUUAUUAAGCCAUGUGCUGUACUCUGGUUUGGGUUGGGAGAUUGGCAAUGAGGGGCAAAUUUUGUUUACAGAACCACUGGCAACUCCAAAGGCAGUUAGAGAGCAGUUGGUGCAAUUGAUGUUUGAAAAGUUCAACAUCUCAGGCUUUUUUGCAUCUGAGCAAGCAGUGCUAUCACUUUAUGCUGUGGGUCGCAUCUCAGGAUGCACUGUUGAUAUCGGCCAUGGAAAAAUGGAUAUUGCAUCAGUAAUAGAAGGUGCUGUUCAGCAUAUAUCUUCUAGACGAUUUGAAACAGGUGGUUUGGAUUUGACCAACUUAUUUGCUCAAGAACUUGGUGAAUCCAAUCCGCAUGUGAACUUAAGCUUCUCUGAUGUGGAAAAGUUGAAGGAGCAAUAUGCCUGCUGUAGUGAGGAUGCUGCUGCUUAUAGAAGGUUCCAGCAGGGAUGCUCAGAGGAGCAACACACUCUGCCUGAUGGACAGGUGAUAAAAAUUGGAAGAGAAAGGUAUACUGUUGGUGAGGCCUUGUUCCAACCAACGGUUUUAGGUUUAGAGGCUCAUGGAAUAGUUGAGCAGCUGGUUUGUUGUAUCUCAACCGUGUCAACUGAGAAUCACCGCCAGCUGCUGGAGAAUACUGUACUAUGUGGUGGAACUGCUUCUAUGGCUGGUUUUGAAGAGAGGUUUCAGAAGGAAGCUGCACUCUCCUCCUCCGCCAUCCGUCCUCUGGUGAAGGCGCCGGAAUACAUGCCAGAUAAUUUGACAAGUAACUCAGCAUGGGUGGGAGGAGCCAUACUAGCCAAAGUGGUGUUCCCUCAAAACCAACAUUUGACCAAGGCUGAUUAUGAUGAAAACGGGCCAUCUAUUAUCCAUCGCAAAUGCUUUUAAGCAACGAAUUCAAUUCUACUAGAGGUAGCAGCUAGGCUUGAAUUAGAAGUUGAGCUAUAAUCGACUUGCAUGAAUUCCAGAAUUUGUGUCAGUUUCCUAUGUAUGUGAUUUGAUAUGUAUAUUCUAGAUGACCAAAACUACAUGUAGAUGCCAAAGGCUUGAGUUGUAGCUUAAGCAAAAACUCAAAAUAUGAAAGUGAUUUACAUCAGACAACGUUUCAUCUAAAA